AUGUUCGAAUGGCACAUCGAAAGAAGAUCUAGCUUUGAAACUGAAUCUCCCUUGGCAAGAGAGUCUCUAAAUGUAUCUGAAACUGGCUCACUCUCCAUUGUUGUGCUUGGUGCUUCUGGUGAUCUGGCUAAGAAGAAAACGUUCCCGGCACUUUUCCACCUGUAUCGGCAGGGAUUCCUACCACCAAAAGAAGUUCAUAUUUUUGGUUAUGCAAGGACAAAAAUCUCUGAUGAUGAACUGAGAGAUCGAUUGCGAGGCUAUCUUGUUCCUGCCAAAGAUGCUUCCGCAAAACAGUUGGAUGAUGUAUCGGAUUUUUUGAAUCUGAUCAAAUACGUAAGUGGCUCUUACGAUUCUGAGGAAGGUUUUCGCUUGUUGGACAAAGAGAUUUCAGAGCACGAAUAUUCGAAAAACAGUGCAGAGGGUUUGUCUCGGCGGCUUUUCUAUCUUGCACUUCCUCCUUCAGUAUAUCCAUCUGUUUGCAAGAUGAUCAAGACUUGUUGCAUGAAUAAAUCCAAUCUUGGUGGGUGGACACGUGUUGUUGUUGAGAAACCUUUUGGAAAGGACCUAGAAUCUGCAGAAGAACUAAGUACUCAGAUUGGAGAGUUGUUUGAGGAACCACAAAUCUACCGUAUUGAUCACUACUUGGGAAAAGAACUAGUGCAGAAUAUGUUGGUACUUCGUUUCGCAAAUCGAUUGUUUUUGCCUCUUUGGAAUCGUGACAACAUUGACAAUGUCCAGAUAGUUUUCAGAGAGGAUUUUGGAACCGAAGGUCGUGGUGGAUAUUUUGACCAAUAUGGAAUUAUUCGAGACAUUAUUCAAAACCAUCUGCUUCAGGUUCUCUGCUUAGUUGCUAUGGAAAAGCCAGUUUCUCUCAAGCCUGAGCACAUUCGGGAUGAGAAAGUGAAGGUUCUUGAAUCAGUAGUACCUAUUAGCGACGAUGAGGUUGUUCUUGGACAAUAUGAAGGCUAUAGAGAUGACCCAACCGUACCUGAUGAGUCAAACACUCCAACUUUUGCAACUGUUAUUCUGCGCAUACACAACGAAAGAUGGGAAGGUGUUCCUUUCAUUCUAAAAGCAGGGAAGGCCUUAAAUUCUAGAAAGGCAGAGAUACGAGUUCAAUUCAAGGACGUUCCUGGUGAUAUUUUCAAGUGUCAAAAGCAAGGGAGAAAUGAGUUUGUUAUCCGCCUACAGCCUUCAGAAGCUAUUUACAUGAAGCUUACGGUCAAGCAACCUGGUUUGGAGAUGUCCACAGUUCAAAGCGAACUGGACUUGUCAUAUGGGCAGCGAUAUCAAGGAGUUACCAUUCCAGAGGCUUAUGAGCGGCUCAUUCUCGACACAAUUAGAGGCGAUCAGCAACAUUUUGUUCGUAGAGAUGAGUUGAAGGCAUCAUGGAAGAUCUUCACCCCAUUGUUGCACAGAAUUGAUAGAGGAGAGUUCAAGCCACUCCCUUAUAAGCCAGGAAGUAGAGGUCCGGCAGAAGCCGAUGAAUUGCUGCGAAAAGCCGGCUAUGUUCAAACACACGGUUAUAUAUGGAUCCCUCCUACAUUGUAGAUUUUUCAGUUGCUUACAUAUAAAUAUAUAUAUACAAUAAAAACCUUGUAGAGUGAGCAAAUUGUAAUAAGCAUGAGGAUUUUUGAGUUGGUUUUAAUAAGCUUUGAGGAACUUUCCUUGAGAGCUGCACUCUCCUAUAUAUAAUGGGAUGGUGUGUGCAAGUUGUAAGUUGUAACCAGGCAUAUGAAGGUUGUGUACUAGUUUAUGGAUUUUCUAAUAAAUGUAUUUUCUUCAAAA